AUGCCAUCCACCAAGCCCACUCGUAGCCCUUCUAAGAUAGCUCUGUCAGCUCUGAUUGCUGCUUUGUUAGCUUCAUCAAGUCAUUGCUUUCAGCCGUCGUUGCCCACUUCUCGGAUAAGUCCUCGUCCGUUAAGCAGUAGCACAGCGCAGGCAAGAAAGACUUUGUCAUCGCCGACAACCACCACCACCACAACUCUUUCCAUGACGUUAGAAGACGUGAAUACAUUCUAUCAAACCUACCCUCUGCAGGCAGCCGUCCUGACGUGUGGUGUAAAAGCCAGUCUGGCCGACUGUGUCGCUCAAAUACGAAGUUGGACGAGCAGUGAACGGGCCAUUGAGUUGCGUCGCAAUGCCGCCUACAUUAUCUACGGGGGAAUCUUUAUUGGUCUCAUGUGCCACAUCGAAUACGACAUUGUGUUUCCUCAUCUCUUUGGAACCAACCAUGACCUCAAGAACGUGGUCGAGUCGGUUCUCUUUGACAACUUUGUCAGUGCCCCACUGAUGUGGUUGCCACCUGUCUACUUUAUCAAGGCAGUCAUGUUUGACUAUCCCUUGUCCGAAGGAUUGGACAAGUAUUUGUCGGACAUUCGAGAUGAAGGCCUGCUCUACAAGUACUGGGCCGUCUGGCUGCCCGCACAAACCAUCAGCUUUAGCUGUGUCCCUGAUCAUAUGAGAGUCCUGUUCAUGGCAUGUAUCUCCUUUGGAUGGUUCAUCAUCCUGUCGUCUUGUCAAUCGACGGGGGACAGUGUUGUCGAGGCAGUGACGGAAGAGACACUGGCAGCAACAACAAUAGAGGCAUCCACCUAG